AUGGGCGCAAUCUCCAAAUUCGCAGCCCUCACCACGCUAGCCGCCCUGGCUCACGCCUGGCUUCCAGAAGACAACAAAUCCAUCAACUCAACAACCGGCACGAACCACUUCGAGACCUCGAAUGGCAAAAUCCGUGGCGUAAACCUCGGCUCCCAAUUCAUUUUCGAGCCUUGGAUCGCUGAAACCGCCUGGAGCGACAUGGGCUGCGCAGGCCAAGCCUCCGAAUUCGACUGCGUCUCAUCGCUAGGUCAAGACGCCGCGAACACCGCCUUCGCCAAACACUGGGGCUCGUGGACCACGCAGGACGACAUCGCCGAGAUGGUCAGCUACGGACUGAACACGAUCCGCAUCCCGGUGGGAUACUGGUUGCGUGAGGACCUCGUCGAUGCCAGCGAGCAUUUCCCGCGGGGUGGGCUGGAGUAUGUCAAAAAGGUUUGCGGGUGGGCAAGCGAUGCAGGCAUGUAUAUUAUCAUGGACUUACAUGGGGCGCCGGGCGCGCAGACGCCGUUGAAUGCCUUUACCGGGCAGAAUGCGCAGGAGCCGGGGUUCUACACUGAGGAGAACUAUGAGCGUGCGUUGAAGUGGUUGGAGUGGAUGACAGAACUGGUCUAUCAGACUGAUGAGAUGAGAAACGUGGGGAUGCUGGAGGUUGUUAAUGAGCCGGUUCAGGAUAAUGAUAAGGCUUCGUCCAUGCGCGAGAAGUACUACCCGCAAGCUGUUGAGCGUAUCCGUGCCGCGGAGAAAAAGCUCAACAUCAACGCAAAUGACUACCUGCAUAUCCAGACGAUGGAUCAGUCGUGGGGCUCUGGCGAUCCCAAUGAGCACCUCGAUGACUUGACAUAUAUGGCUUAUGACGAUCACCGGUACCUGAAAUGGGAUACUAGUGUUGAUGCGUCGCACGAAAGCUAUAUCAGCACUUCGUGCAACGAUAAGCGGGAUAGCAAUUCGCCGAAUAUCGUUGGCGAGUGGAGUCUUGCUGUGCCUGAUGAUGUGGAGGGGUCGUCGGAUUGGGAUCCCAGUUCUAACACUGAUUUUUAUGGCAAGUGGUUUGCGGCACAGGUUCAUUCUUAUGAGCAGCAGCAGGGAUGGGUUUUUUGGACUUGGAAGGCUCAGUUGAACGAUUAUCGGUGGUCUUACCAGGAUGCUGUCAAGGCCGGUGUUAUUCCCAAGGAUUUGAACAGUUUGCAGAAUCCUUGCAGCUAA